AUGGUUAGGGCCAAAGUUCUUGAAAGUGGAGAAUACUAGAAUGAUAAAAGAAGUGGAAUAUGGGUAUAUAUCUAUGAUAACAAUAAAAUGUAUUAUUAAAAAUAUAAUAAGUGGAGGGGAAUAAUAUAAUGAAUAAGGUUAGAAGAAUGGUAAAUGGAUUAAGUUGAGUGAUAUUAAUACAUAACUAACUUACAUUGGUGAAUAUAAAAAAGGGUAAAAAGUUGGUAAAUGGGAUACUGAUUUCAAUUAUUUCGGAAAUAAGUAGAUGUAAAUAUAAAUUAUGUGAACUAGGUAGUGGUGGAGGAUUGUAUGAUGAAGAAGGUGAAGGAAUUAAGAUUGGAUUGGAAGAUGGAUUGAAGUGA